AUGUUCUGGAAGGCUUCUAUAGUCCUCGUGGCAGCGUCUGCGGCCACCGCAAAGCUUACCUGGGGCGAAACCAAGUUCCUGUUUACGUUCGGAGACUCAUACACCACCGACGGCUUCAACAUCUCGGCAGGCGUGAACUCGCCAACCCCGGGCUUUACGUCUUCCAAUGGACCGAACUGGGUGGAAUUCCUGGGUGGCACGUACAACGUGACAAACACGAAGGUGUUUAACCUCGCAUACGGCGGUGCGACCAUCGACGCCGCGCUCGUCGCCCCAUACUUGCCUACCGUCCUCUCAAUCGUGGACCAGGUCGGGCAGUUCCACGACAUCUUGGCGUCGAAGCCCGAGGGCGCCGAGUGGCAGAGCUCAGACAGUCUGUUUGCCUUCUGGAUCGGCAUCAACGACGUGGGCAACUCUUACUCGUGGACGAAUGUGACCCAGUCCUCGUUCCACGCGACCCUGAUGAAUAGGCUCUUCGGGCAGGUCGAGGAGCUGUACCAGGAUGGUGCUCGUUCUUUCCUCUUCCUCACAGUUCCCCCGACGAACCGCGCCCCGCUCUUGAUCGAGCAGGGCCGUUCGGCGGUGCAGACCAUUGCCUCCUCGCUGGCCGACUAUAACGCGCAGCUUCAAGCAGGCGUGAAGGCGUUCCAGAAGAAGCACCAUGACCUCGACCAAGUCACGGUCUUCGACACCCGUCCGAUUUUCAACACGCUGCUCGACAAUGCCAAGACCUUGGGCUUCGUCAACUCCACCGGAUUCUGCGACGCGUACCAGAAUGGCACGCCCAACCAGACCACCCAGACUGCGCCUUGUGCACCCGUCUCGAGUUAUUUCUGGCUGAACAGUCUCCACCCCCUGUUUACGGUGCACAACAUCCUCGCGCACGCAAUCUCCACCGUUCUUAGCGCUUAG